CGAGUUUCUUUCUCUGCUUUAGUUAAUAAUCACUUUGUCUCACUGAACUCCACAGCAAAAAGAGUUUAUUAAGAAUGACUCAGCAUAUUUCAAUAACGAUCCUUUUAUGAAUUCAAAUGAUUUUACUGUAGUUUUAAUGGGCUCUGGAUGCAGUUACAAACGCUGAACAGCAGGGGGCGGCUGCUCUCACAGCCUGAGUCCAUAUGACUUAAAAACUGAACAAAGUUCAUUUGUUCAUUUGUUAUCGGUUCACCUACAGGAAGGUAAGGCAGGAAGCUCACCUGGAGCAGAAAUGGAGAAACAAGUCGCUCCUGUCGUCAUUGACAACGGCUCCGGUUUUAUCAAAGCUGGUUUUUCUGGACCCGAUGGUCCCUGCGCCGUUUUCCCAUCAGUGGUCGGUCGUCCCAGGCAGGACGCGGCUGGAGGACAGAAGGACAGAUUCAUAGGAGCCGAAGCUCUGAGUCACAGAGACCUGCUGACCCUGAAGAAUCCCAUCGAACGCGGCGUCAUCGUGGACUGGGACGACAUGGAGACGAUCUGGCAUCACGUCUACAAAGAGCUUCAUGCUGACCCAGUGGACCAUCCGGUCCUGCUGACCGAGGUGCCGCUCAGCCCCAAACCGAACAAGGAGAAGACGACCCAGGUGAUGUUCGAGGCCUUCAGCCCUCCUGCCCUGUACCUGGCCAUGCAGCCGGUCCUGUCCAUGUACUCCUCUGGCCGGACCACAGGGAUGGUGAUGGAGUCCGGUGACGGCUGCAGUCAUGUCGUCCCGGUGUAUGAAGGCUACGCUCUGCCUCAGGCCGUCCUGCGCCUGAACCUGGGCGGAGCCGACCUGACCGAUUACCUGCUGAAGCUCCUGGACAGCAGAGGACUCAGCUUCAGCGCCGCCGGUCAGCGUGAGAUCGUCACCGACAUGAAGGAGAAGCUCUGCUUCGUGGCUCAGUACUUCGACCAGCAGGUGAAGACGGCGGCUUCUUCCUCCACCCUGGACAAAACCUACCAGCUUCCAGAUGGACGAGAAGUUUCCAUCGGCGAAGAGCGGAUCCGCUGCCCAGAGGCGCUGUUCAAGCCCGAACUCAUCGACAUGGAUUCCUCUGGAGUUCAUCAAACCGUCCACAGCAGCAUCAUGAAAUGUGAGCUGGAUGUUCGUAAAAACCUUUUCUCCACCAUCCUGCUGUCUGGAGGCUCCACCUUGUUCCCUGGAUUCUCUGAUCGCAUGAAGAAGGAAAUCUCUCGGCUCGCCCCGCCUGGCGUGAACGUCCAGAUCAUUGCUCCCGAUGGGAGGCAGCUCUCCGUCUGGAGCGGCGGCUCCAUCCUGGCCUCGCUCUCCUCCUUCCAGGAGAUGUGGAUCAGCAAACAGGAAUACGAUGAAUCCGGUCCGGGAAUCGUUCACCGUAAAUGUUUCUAACCUUCUCCUCCAUCUGGUUGAUGAUCUCACCACCUGCUCCGUCCGUCUGAAAGGAUCUGGACAGAAACAAGUUCAACAAAAUCACUGGGUUAAACAUUUAAUUAAAGUUUUUAAACUGC